AUUCCUUUUUGUGUGAACGUGUGACGAAUCAAGUCUCGUUCAUGCAUUGUUUUCGUCAGUUUUUCUGAGUGUUCGCUUCGUCAGUGCCGUGUGUCGGCUGCACGAUGAGCGGCCUCACCACAGUUCCGAUAUAAACCGAUAGUGUUCAUUUUAUAAUAUUUUCUCUAGAAACAAGUGUAGUGCAGUGACAAUGGCUCGCCUCACAGAGGAGAUGGUGAUCGCUCGCUCUAAACAGUCGGAUUUGUCAGCGAUAAAGAAGCUGAACUGCUGGGGUGCCGAACUUGGAGACGUCAGCCUACUGAGACGGAUGCCCAAUGUAGAAGUGCUGGCUUUCAGUAUAAACAAGAUCCGCACGCUGGGCGACUUCGCGGCGUGUCGGCGGCUGCGCGAGCUGUACGUGCGCAAGAACGAGAUCCGCGACCUGAGCGAGAUCCGCCACCUGCGCCGCCUGCCGAACCUCACCAGCCUCUGGCUCGACGAGAACCCCUGCACGCAGCACCCGGAUUACAGAAUGACAGUACUUAGGAAUCUACCGAAUCUCGAGAAGCUAGACAAUGUUCCCGUCCACGCAGAAGAGGUGCAGGAGGCGAUGCGUCGCGGCGCGCACAUACCGGACUCGGACGACGAGGGCUACCCGCAGCAGGAGGCGUACGGCUGCCGGCGCCGCUCGUGCUCGUCGAGUCCCGAGCGCGAGCCCGAGCCGCGCCGCCUCGACCGCCUCGACCGCCACGACCGCCACGACCGCCACGACCAGGCGAGCGACAGCUCGGAGGGCGGCGCCGGCGAAGCGGCCGCCGACGCGCUGCAGUGCCCGCUGUCGCCGACGCGCCGCGCGGCCGCCGCGGCGGGCCCGGCGCCCGACGACGACCGCUACGACCACCCCGCCAUGACGCGCUCGCACUACGACCCCGCGGCGGCCCGCUCGCCGCCCGCCGCGCUGCCGCACUCGCUCUCCGCGCACAGCGUCAAGGAGUACUCGUAUUCGAACGGCGAGUGUCGGUACGGCGGCGGUGGCGGCGGGGGCGGCGGCGGGGGCGGGGGCGGGGCGGCGAGCGAGCGGGGCGUGCAGUCCCCGCCGCACCACUACCAGGACUCCUACUACGAGCGCGUUGACAGGUCGGAGCCGUACCAGCAGGUGCCGCGGUGCGAGUGGGAGGGCGGCGGCGGCAGUGCGAGCGCGGGCGGCGGCCGCGAGUACCCGUCCGCCGUCAUGGCCGAGCACCGCGGCUUCACGCGCCGCCCCGUCGCCAGGAACUCGAACCUGCUGUCGGCGGUGCUGUGCCUGGUGAAGGAGCUGGACUACCCGAGCCUGGAAGUCGCCGAGAUGGCUGUCAGAUGUCGUAUGGACGAGCUCGCGAAUAGCCAGUGACACACCGCCGACGGCGACAACUGAGCGCGACACGCGACAUGUCACGACAUGUAACGCGCGACACGCCGCGAGCGACACCACACGGUGUAUGUAACACGCGACAACGCGUCGUGACGCCGCCGUGAGACACGCCGCACGCACGUAGUCGCAACACGUGACACGCGACAUGCGACACGUGACACGCGCCGCGGUCGUAGCCCGCCGCCAGUUGGGAGAGGCGACGCUGCAAAUUAAUUCUUGUGUGUUCGUGCUAUAAGAUUGAAAUUCCUACUGUAUAUUCGCUGAGCCAUAUUUAAUAAUUGUACGCUAAGGUUUGUAUAGAGAUGAAGCUGGAACACUCGAGUAUUAUUAAUAAAAUGAAAUGAAUUUAUAAACGUAACUCGAAAGUAUAUUUGGAUGAUUUUAUCGGUGUAAGUGGAAUUUUACCGCCAUUUUUUUCAUUCUUAUAGCAUCGAAUCGUUUUUAAUUGUAGAAAGAGACAGUGUACUGUGAUAUGAAGGUGUCAGAGCGGGACAGCGCCUCUCCCGCCGCUAGUAUCGCCGGAGAUAGUCGACUGAGAUUAAAUGCAAAUUAUAGUGUACAUACAUACAAACGUGUAACAUAAUAUUUCAGACGCGACCCGAUGUGUGAACAGCCGUAUUGUAUAUAUAUAUUUUUUUUUCUAAUUGUUUUGUCAUUUUAAUAUGAAAUUAUACUAAUAUGUAUAAAAUAAUUAUACAAGUAUAAUAUUAUUAAAUAUUAAUUAAUAUUGUAAACUAAAAAAAAAAUAGUAUAUAAAAUUACGAGACCUUUAUGAUUCUUUUUAACCGACUUCAAAAAAGGUGGUUCUCAAUUCGAUCGUAUUAUGUUUGUUACGUCAUAACUCCGUCAGUUGUAAACCGAUUGGGAAAAUUAUGUUUUUUAUUUGAAAGGAUAUACUUACAUGUUGGUUGUAUAGAAGUUUUAUCAAAGUCGGUGUAGUAGUUUAGUUUUCAAAUCGCAAUAUCUUGUCUUGCCACAAUUGGAGUCUGGUUUUUUGUGAAACAAUCGUCAAUUACGAGUCGACGACUGGACGGUAAAUACUCGUGAAGUGAACUGAGGGCCUACCAUGAAAUGUUUUCCGAAAUUUCGGAGCCGAACGAAACACAAAUUUGAUGUUAAAAUUACAUAAUAUAUACCGUUUAAAGACAUUAAAAAUAUAUAAUAAAAUAUAUAAAUAUUAUUCCUUUUGAUUUUUAUAGUCGGAUUUAUGACGAACGAAAUGUUAAGCUCCAUUAACUGGGCCGAUUUAGGUAUGAACGAAAACACGAAAUAGAGUCCGAAACUUCGGAAUUUUAUUUCAUGGUAGACCCCCUGAUGGAUAUUUCGAGUAACUGGAAAUAAAUAAAAUUCUGAAUCUCGACAACGAAUCUCGCUUGACGGUUUUUUUUUCUUUCAUUCGAUAUUAUUGUAGCUCCUCGCUGAGCCGCCCGCGGCGUAGACAGAGACUUGUCAAUAAUAUAAAAGUAUUACGCGCAUAGAAUUACAACUGUAUACACGUCGAUUCGGUUUGCUUUGGAAAAAUAAUUUCGCGCGCAUUUUAACUUCAAAUUGUAACCCGGCUAUGUUGAAUGGUAGCCUGCCGGCUCGGUUGGCUAUGUAAAUUAUUAUCCCAUUCGUGUUUCAACCGUGAAGCAGUUGUGUUUGCAUGGCUGUGUUUCGGUUUGAAGGGUGGGAUAUGGCGUGAAUUUACUGGGUGCAGAGGAAUAACACCUGAGUCCUCAGGAAUGGCAACGCAUGGGGGUAUCA